AUGAAGGUUAAGAUCAGUGGUCCCAAGAGCUUCAGUAUAGUACUAAAUGUGCAGGAAGAUGAUCCAUUGCAAAAGAUAAUAGAUGAAUCGCACUGUCCCGCUAUUAUUACGGCAAUUCGAUUCGGGUAUCCACCACAGAAGAUUGACUGUACUGAUCAGACCUUGCAGCAGAGUUUUGACUCAGUGGGGAUAAGUCCUGGGGAGAAGAUUACGUUGAUAACGCAAGAUGUGACGCAAGAAGUUUCUGUCAAGACCAGAAUCAAUGGCGAGGACGCGAAGUUGCCGGUAAAUGCGUCAAGAAUCGUUCUCCCCGAAGGCCAGCAGCGGAUUUUGCAGGUGCAUGAUGUGCCUGAUGAUAACUCCUGUCUUUUCCACGCAAUAUCUUACUGUUUCUACAAGGAUAUCUACGUGUCGCCGCAAUUGCGAAGUCUAGUGAGCCAAGAAGUGCUUGCAGACCCUGUUACCUACUCAGAUGCGGUGCUGGACAAGCCCAACAAGGAGUAUGCCGCAUGGAUCCUCAAGAAGGAGUCCUGGGGAGGCGGUAUCGAGAUUGCGAUCUUGUCGAGGAAAUUGGGCGUUGCGAUUUACGUUUUAGACAUGGACGCCCAGCAAUUCGAGAAAUUCAACGAGGACCAAUUCGAUCAGUUUAUUGUGAUCAUGUUCAAUGGAGUGCACUAUGACUCGGUCGAGCUGGACGACGGCAAGACCGUUUUUGACAAGAGGGAUUUCCUCUAUACUGAGCUAAUUCUCUCCGGGGCACUGCAUAUUGGACACAAGAUGAAGCAAACGGGCCACUCUUUCAACACACGCAAGGAUGUGAUUGUUUGCAACACCUGCAAGACUACAAUGGUGGGAGAAAGAGAAGUCGCCAAGCAUGCAGAGGCCACGGGUCAUGUCGACUUCGGCCAGGCCUCAUGCUAA